CGUUAUCACUUAACAUCAUCACUGUGGACGGUUUGGAUGAAGACAAACAGAAGUGUGCAGGGACUUCAUUCAGGACUGGUUGAGUGAAAAGAAAGAGCCAGCAGAGAAGUUACAGAGAAGGAGAUCCCAUACAGGUCACACUCUGAACAAUGGAGGAUAUCAACAACAACACCACAUCUCUCCCAAAAAUCUUCAUAUACUACCUUGAACAUCAGCGUUUCAUUGAAGAUCGUUUCAGAAUGCAUGUCGUGACAUGCAUAAUCAUCUCCAUCUGCCUUCCUUUGACGCUCGUGGCUAUCUAUGCUCUUUACUCUCUUGUGAGAAAGGAUCAUGUUGCUCCGAUCUACGUCAUCAACCUUCUCAUUUCAGACCUCAUUCAGCUCUGCUGCAUGAUCGCAUUUGAGUCACAACGCAUCCAUGGCAUUUCUUAUGGCAUUGUGUAUUAUUUCUACUGCUGUGGUCUAGUGGCCAGUGUUUGCUUCAUGGUGUGUGUCUCUCUGGAAAGGUACUUGGUCGUUACCCACCCACUGUGGUACCGAUUCAAACGAACCAUCAAGAUCUCCGUGAUAGUCUGUGUCGUGGUCUGGGUCAUAUCUCCUAUCUGUUGCCUUACUGUGUUUCCCUGGGUUGAUAGUAAGGUCACACAAAUCAUCUUCUCCGUUUUCCUCAUCAUUCCUCUCCCACUGUUUAUAUUCUUCCUGGUUGGGACCCUUCGAGCCCUCUCUGCUUCUGUCUCGGUCCCCUCUGAAGAGAAACGACGAAUUGUUGGAAUUCUGGUCCUGGUGCUGCUCACUUACACGCUGCUGUUCCUGCCCAGCAUCUUUUGGCCCCUGGCAAAGGGAGGCAUGUUUGACUACACUUAUUACAACCUGCCCUUUAUGUUUGCUAAGCUGAGUCCUCUUGCAGAUCUAUUUCUGUAUAUUUUGAUUAGAAAGGAGACCUUUGGUAAGUUUGUGGCCCCUGUGUGUUGUUGCAAAAUAGAGAGCAAUGAUGACGACACAUCAACAGUGAAUGUUGACAACAUCUAGACAGGAAGCUUCAUACAGGCAUAGAGAGAUGAGAAAACAGGCCAAAAUGAACUUCAGCUCAGGUAUAACUAAUGUCUAUCCCAAAUGUAUAUCCAUGUCUACCCAAAAUCUUUUGGCUAGACAUGAAUGAGAAUCACUUCUUACUUUGUUUUUAAUUUCUUUACUUGUGCUGUUUAAGUAAUUGGCACUCUAGUUAUUAGGACUUCAUUCCCAUUUUCCCUUUUUUCAGUUAUUCUUUGUCUGCUUCACAAAGUGUUUGAAAUAUAAGUUGUGAUAUAAAAGAUAAGUCAUAUUAUAUAUGUUGCUGUAAUUAGAAACCAUUAUUGAUUUGCUUCAGGAGAUCCAUACUUUGGCUCUAUUAAUCUGCAUGUGUUUCUGUUUCAUUCACACAUUGUAAUACAUUUCAUUAACAAGUAGUUUUUUUUGUACAGAAAUUUGUUUUUGAUUAAAGAUGUACAAAAUCA